AUGCUUGAGGCAGUUAACAGGAAGGUUCAGUCGUCAUCACAAUCACAAGUUAAGGUCAGUUCAGCAAAGGUUUCAUUAUGCGUUAGCUCCAAGACAGCAUCAUGUCAAAAAUGCAAAGGAGAUCAUCAAAUCUUUGCAUGCGAACAAUUCUUAAAAGUUUCCCCAGAGGAGCGCCUGAAGAUCAUCAGGGAACAUAAGUUAUGUUGUAAUUGCUUGAAGUUCUCAUCACACAGCGCAAAGACGUGCAGGUCAGGUAAUUGCAGAACAUGCGGCAAACGACACAAUACGCUGCUGCACAUUUCUAGGGACGAGCCGGAAGCCAAGGUCGCGGCUCUGCCAUCUCAAUCCACAAGCCAGCAGGCAAAUGCACCUACAGCAAAUGUCGCACAUACGGCGAUAACAAAUUCAUCAUCACAAGUUUUUCUAUCAACGGCACUGAUUACGGAGCGCUUGCCUAGCAUGGCAAUGGAUAAAGGCACUUUUAAGGUUCCGCAAAAUCUGCCAUUGGCGGAUCCAGAAUUCUAUCGACCUACAGAUAUAGACAUAUUACUAGGCGCUGAGAUGUUUUGGAAUACACUCUGCAUCGGCCAAAUCAAGGAAUCAUCAGAGCAUCCUUUACUUCAAAAAACAUUAUUUGGCUGGAUAAUAGGUGGCAAGUAUUCAAGCAAUUCGGCAUUACAAGGAACAGUACAAUGUAAUCUUUCAGUGAACCGCAUCAAUUUAGAACAAGCUAUUGAAAGAUUCUGGCAAACAGAGCAAGUUUUGGUCAGACCAGUACUCACAGCUGAAGAGCGAGAAUGUGAAGAGCAAUUCAUCAAAACUCAUCGCCGAACGGAGUUGGGCAGAUUCAUAGCGCAACUGCCGAUCAAGGCAGACAAGCUGCAAACAUUAGAACGAUCUUACGACAUAGCGUUAAAACGAUUCUACUCAUUGGAGCGCAAGCUGAAUCGUCACCCAAAGAUGAAAGGGGAAUACGCACGAUUUAUACAAGAAUAUUUAGAGCUUGGACAUAUGCAUCCUGUUACUCUAGAAGCUCAAAGGGCAUUUCCGAUUUAUUACAUACCGCAUCAUGCAGUAUUUAAGAACAAUAGCUCUACUACAAAAAUUCGUGUUGUAUUCGACGCUUCGUGCAAGACAGAUACAGGAGUGUCACUCAAUGAUAUUCUGAUGGUAGGGCCAACACUGCAGCAAGAUCUCAUAUCCAUCCUAAUCAAGUUUUGCAUUUGGCAAUAUGUUUUGACAGGAGAUGUGGCUAAAAUGUAUCGACAGGUCUUAGUCGAUGAAUCUCAACAAGGAUUACAGAGGAUUCUAUGGCGGAACAGCGCUGAAGAAGAAGUGAAGAUUUUUGAGUUAGCCACCGUCACCUAUGGUACCGCGUCGGCAUCAUUCCUUGCUAGUGAUACAUUUCAGUUCAGCAUUUCCUUGACUAAACAACGUAAGAUUACAAAAAGAAACAUAUUUUCGUCCAUUGCUCAUAUCUUCGAUCCCUUGGGAAUUCUAGGGCCUAUCGUAAUCACGGCAAAGAUCUUCAUGCAAAGAUUAUGGCAACUAAAGGUUGAUUGGGAUGAAGCGGUUCCCAGUGACAUACAGACUCAAUGGUCUCGUUACGAGUCGGAGCUUCACUUGCUAAAUAAGCUUCAAAUAUCGCGAAAGAUGCCAGUGAAAAUGCAUAUGAAGCUUGCGUAUAUAUUCGGAGCAAGUCAUCAAAAGGUCAUUACGAAUCAAAUUUACUGCGCAAAAUCAAGGGUAGCACCUUUAAAAAAUAUAUCUCUACCGCGUCUAGAACUAUGUGCCGCGUUGAUAUUGGCUCAGCUAAUGCAUAAGAUUUCAACGUUUAUUGAUGUCAAGUUCACACGAAUAUAUUAUUGGUCUGAUUCAACCAUUACACUUUCAUGGAUUAGGUCUGUUCCUAGGAGAUGGAGUACAUUUGUAGCCAAUCGUGUUAGAACGAUCCAAGAUAUUUCUGAUCCUAGCGACUGGUACUAUGUGGACUCUGCGCAUAAUCCUGCGGACAUCAUUUCUAGGAGAAUGCCACCAUCGUCGCUACUCAAGGCUGAUUUAUGGUGGAAGGGUCCCACGUGGCUUUCUCAAGACACAGCCAAUUGGCACAUUCAGCCUUUGAUAUCGGACCAAGAAGUGCCAGAGCAAAGAAAAAUGAUAGCGACCACGAUUACCACAUCAGAGCUUCCAUGGUUAUUCGAUAGAUGUUCAACCUUCAAUAAGUUAAUCCGAGUACAUGGAUAUAUUCGACGCUUUCUCAACAAUUGCCGCUCUAGCAAACCGAAAAUCAAGGAGGGUGGCAGACUUCAGUACGUCAGUUUGCCAUACUCGGCGAAACAUCAAAUGGUAAUACCUUCAAGGCAUUCGUUCACAAAAUUAUUGAUAGAACACGAGCAUACUAGAUUACUUCAUGCAGGAUCACAGACCACGUUAGCAUCUCUACGUCAAAGAUUUUGGCCACUGAACGGAAGAAAUACGGUCCGUCACAUUAUAAGAAAGUGUAUCAAAUGCUUUCGCGCAAAUCCUUCAAUUAUUCAGCCAAUUAUGGGCAAUCUACCGAAACAAAGAGUUCAAGUUUCACGAGUCUUCUCUAAUGUGGGAGUGGAUUUUUGUGGUCCCUUUCAGCUUCGUGAAUCUAAACGACGAAAUGCGAAAACUGUAAAAUCCUACGCAGCUAUCUUCGUGUGUCUGGCAACCAAGGCAGUUGAGAUAACUUUCAACUUAUCUUCAGAAGGUUUUAUUCACGUUCUUAAACGCUUUAUAGGACGAAGGGACAAGCCAAGCCACAUCUUCUCCGACAAUGCAACUAAUUUCGUAGGAGCAGAUCGGGAAUUGAGAGAGUUGCAGACCUUGUUUACUCAAGAAGGACAUAAAAUAUCACAUGACUCAGUUGUGCAAGGAAUACAGUGGCACUUCAACCUAACCGCCUAG